AUGCCUGCCAAUUUGAAAAAGACAUGCUCUUUGUGCGGCGGCAAAGACCACAAUGUGGCCACGUGUACUCUUCCCGGUGCUCAAAGGUACCGAGACGCCUUGCGUUCAGUGAGACCAUGUCACCUCAAGCGGAAGGCUCGGGUACUUCGUGGGGAUGGAGUGGCAGCCAGCCGAAAGCCUGGCAAGAAAGCUGCUUUCUCCAGUCCCAAGGCCAUGCGAAGCAUGAAGGACAUGAAGAAGUGGCAAAAAAAACAGAGGAAGUGGUAUUCCGGGACUUCUGAGAAAGUGCACUCCAGUCGCAAAGACCGGGCGCAAGAAACACCGGACUUGUCGCACUCUGUGGACACACAAUGUGCUACCCAAACUUUGCUUGCUGCUGGUUUUCUGACCAAGCUCGACACUUGUGACAAAUGUGGGCAUGGUGGUUUGCAUGGCUUCUUCACCCGUCCCGGGUCGAAGGAAAAUGGACAGCUCUACUACCGCUGUGAUGUCAAAGAAUGCAGGGCUUACACCAACGUCCUCGCUGGCUGCCGCUGGUUGAAGAACAUGGUACGCUUUCGUUGCAUCAAUCCGAGCCGUUUGUAUCUCACCAUUCAAGCCUACACACACAAGCAGAAUCCCAGGAGACAAGAUGCCACUGCCUUUGGAGUGCCUCCCAAAGCCGCUCAAUGCAUUUUUGAUCACCUGCGUUCCAUGGAAGUUCAAGCUGCCGAGCGACAGUUGAAGGACAUGAAGCUGUCUGGUCAGAUCGAAGUGGAUGCGACCUCGAUUCGCACAUUUCGCUUUGGAGCCUCGUCGCAAAGCUUCGCGCCUGAGAUUCGCAAGUGGCAGGCCAAGCACAAGAAUGCCCGCAAACCGACGCAUUUUAUAUGUCACUUGAGGGUUGCCGGCGCCAUUGAGCGUGGACCGGCAGGCCGAGUCCUGCUGGACGUUUUGCCACUCGUCGCUUUGACUCCAGGUGCUCGUCCACCGACCGAGUCGUCGCAUGACGUGAACCAGACUCGGUUUUUCGAGAAGAUCCAACGAGGCCGUGGCACCCGCAUCCACGCGGAUGGCAACCGAGCGUGGAAGGCGGAGGCCAAAAAGGCCGGUUUUCAGUUUUCCUCUGUAUCACAUAGUCGAAUGCAGUUUGUGAAGAAGGUUCCAAGGAAAAAACUCUUUACAGGAACCCAGCUGUUGGAUAGCUUUUGGAAAAUUCUGAAACAAUUCGUUGUUUCCAACCUGCGAACUCGCGGGAAGUUCGAUCGCCGUGUCGACCGUCGCUUGCUGGACCAGAUUAAAGCCUUCAUGUACAGACAUAAUGCAGGUCAUAACCUGUGGAAGGAACUGGGAAAGCUGGCCAAAAAAGUCGACGCUGAUGACCUUGCAAGGUAA